CACAACCCUCCCUGCCUCUGGACCAAAAUAGACAGUUGAGGGCAGAGCAGCUGAUAAAGCAACCAGAAAUGGCUUCCACCGGAGUUCUUCCCUUCAUCAGGGGGGUAGAUCUCAGUGGAAACGACUUUAAAGGCGGGUACUUCCCCGAGCAUGUGAAGUGUAUGAGCAGUCUGCGAUGGCUGAAGCUGAACAGGACCGGACUGUGUUACCUCCCAGAGGAGCUGGCCUCUCUGCAGAAGCUGGAACAUCUUUCAGUGAGUCACAACAGCCUGACCACUCUACAUGGAGAGCUGUCCAGCUUACCCAACCUACGGGCGGUGGUAGCCAGAGCCAACAACCUGAAAAACUCCGGAGUCCCCGAUGACAUCUUUCAGCUAGAUGACCUCUCUGUGCUGGACUUGAGUUUCAACCAGCUGACGGAGAUUCCCCGGGACCUGGAGAACAGCAGAAACAUGCUGGUUCUGAAUCUGAGCCACAACAGCAUCGACGCCAUCCCCAACCAGCUGUUCAUCAACCUGACAGACCUGCUGUAUCUGGACCUGAGCGACAACAAGCUGGACAGCCUGCCGCCGCAGAUGAGACGCCUGGUCCACCUGCAGACGCUCACACUGAACAACAACCCGCUGAUGCAUGCCCAGCUGCGCCAGCUGCCAGCCAUGGUGGCGUUACAGACUCUCCACCUGAGGAACACCCAGAGGACCCAGACCAACAUGCCCACCAGCCUGGAGGGCCUGACACAGUUAGCAGAUGUCGACCUGUCCGGUAACGACCUGUCCCGCGUCCCCGAGUGUCUCUACACUCUGGGCAGUUUGAAGAGACUGAACCUGAGCAGCAAUCAGAUCACAGAGCUGUCCCUCUGCAUCGACCAGUGGACGCAGCUGGAGACGCUCAACCUGAGCCGCAACCAGCUCACCUCCCUGCCCUCUGCAAUCUGUAAGCUGACCAAACUGAAGAAGCUGUAUGUGAACUCCAACAAACUGGACUUUGACGGGGUGCCUCCGGGCGUGGGCAAACUGUCCAGCCUCACAGAGUUCAUGGCUGCCAACAACAACCUGGAACUGAUCCCAGAGGGGCUCUGCAGGUGUGGCAAGCUGAAGAAGCUGGUGCUGAAUAAAAACCGUCUGGUAACGCUGCCCGAGGCCAUCCACUUCCUGACUGAUUUAGAGGUUCUGGAUGUGCGUGAGAACCCUAACCUGGUGAUGCCUCCCAAGCCGGUGGACCGCGGAGCCGAGUGGUACAACAUCGACUUCUCUCUGCAGAACCAGCUGCGUCUGGCCGGGGCCUCGCCGGCGACCGUGGCUGCUGCUGGGGGAGGAGCCAGCCCCCGAGACCCCUUGGCGAGGAAGAUGAGGCUGAGGAGGAGGAAGGACAGCUCUCAGGACGACCAGGCCAAGCAGGUGCUGAAGGGCAUGAGCGACGUCGCUCAGGAGAGGAACAACUUGGAGUCAACGGAGAACGGGGAACUGAAGUACGCGGAUCUAAAGGUCCGGCGCUGGGACAAGAGUCUGGAGAAACCGGCGCUGGACUACUCGGAGUUCUUUAUGGAGGACGUGGGCCAGGUCCCAGGGGUGUCGGUGUGGCAGAUAGAGAACUUUAUUCCUCUACAGGUGGACGAAGCUUUCCACAGCAAGUUCUACGAGGCCGACAGCUACAUCAUCCUCAAGACCUUCCUGGAUGAGAACGGGCAGCUGAACUGGCAGAUCUUCUACUGGAUUGGUGAGGGCGCCACGCUGGACAAGAAGGCCGGCGCCGCCAUCCACUCCGUCAACCUGAGGAACUUCCUGGGAGCCGAGUGCAGGACGAUAAGGGAGGAGAUGGGAGACGAGAGCGAGGAGUUCAACGCCGUGUUUAACAAUGAGAUCUCCUACAUCGAGGGGGGAACAGCCAGCGGCUUCUACACUGUGGAGGACACCAGCUAUCCUGUCAGGUUGUACAGAGUUUACGGCAAGAAGAACAUCCGACUGGAGUCUGUCCCGGUGAAGGCCUCCUCUCUCGACCCACGGUUUGUCUUCCUGUUGGACAGUGGACCAGACAUCUUCAUCUGGAGAGGAGCCAACGCUACUCUGAGCGGCACCACGAAGGCCAGGUUGUUUGCAGAGAAGAUCAACAAGAAUGAGCGUAAGGGCAAGGCGGAGAUCACGACCCUCUCUCAGAACCAGGAGCCCCCGGGCUUCUGGGAGGUUCUGGGAGGACAACCGGAGGAGAUCAAGAAACACGUUCCUGACGACUUCUCUCCCGUCAGACCCAAACUCUACAAGGUGGGCUUGGGUCUGGGCUACCUGGAGCUGCCUCAGAUCAACUACAAGCUGUCCGUGGAGCACAAAGACCACAAGAUCAAACUGGACACUCAGCCGGAGCUCAGACUGGUGCAGUCCCUGCUGGACACUAAGGGCGUGUACAUCCUGGACUGCUGGUCCGACGUCUUCAUCUGGAUCGGGAGGAAGUCUCCUCGCCUGGUCCGAGCCGCCGCCCUGAAGCUGGGCCAGGAGAUCUGCUCCAUGCUGCACCGGCCCAAACACGUCUCGGUCACCCGCAACCUGGAGGGCACCGAGUGCCAGGUGUAUAAGUCUAAGUUUAAGAACUGGGAUGACGUGCUGAAGGUGGAUUACACCAGAGCAGCUGAGACCGUCCAGCAGAAAGACAACCUGCAGGGCAAGGUGAAGAAGGACGCAGAGCAGAAGGAUAAGAUGAAGGCCGACCUCACCGCCCUCUUCCUCCCCCGGCAGCCCGCCAUGGCCCUCACUGAGGCUGAAGGUCUGAUGGAGGAGUGGAACGAGGACCUGGACGGGAUGGAAGGGUUUGUGUUGGAGGGGAAGAAGUUCGCCCGCCUGCCUGAGGAAGAGUUCGGUCACUUCCACACGCAGGACUGCUACGUCUUCCUCUGCAGGUACUGGGUGGCUGUGGAGUACGAAGACGAGGAGAAGGGGAAGGGGAAGAAGGGGGGUGAGGGCGCUGAGGGGGAGAGCGCCGCAGCAGCUGAGGAAGAGGAGAAGCAGCCUGAGGAAGACUUCCAGUGCGUGGUGUACUUCUGGCAGGGCAGGCAGGCCUCCAACAUGGGCUGGCUCACCUUCACCUUCUCCCUGCAGAAGAAGUUCGAGAGCCUCUUCCCCGGGAAACUCAAGGUGGUGCGGAUGACUCAGCAGCAGGAGAACCUCAAGUUCCUGUCGCACUUCAAGAGGAAGUUCAUCAUCCACAAAGGGAAGAGGAAACAGAAGCUGGACGCCGCCCAGCCCUCGCUCUACCACAUCCGCACCAACGGCAGCGCACUCUGCACCAGGACGAUCCAGAUUGGAACAGAUUCCAGCAACCUCAACUCGGAGUUCUGCUUUAUUCUCAAGGUACCGUUUGAGAGCACAGACAACCAGGGCAUCGUGUACACGUGGGUGGGCCGAGCCGCGGACCCCGACGAGGCCAAGCUGUCCGAGGACAUCAUGAACAGCAUGUUCGACGACACGUACAGCAAACAGGUGAUAAAUGAGGGGGAGGAGCCAGAGAACUUCUUCUGGGUGGGGAUUGGCUCUCAGAAAGAGUACGAUGAAGACGCAGAUUAUAUGAAGCACGCUCGGCUCUUCAGGUGUUCCAAUGAGAAGGGAUAUUUCUCCGUGUCGGAGAAGUGCUCGGACUUCUGUCAGGACGACCUGGCUGACGAUGACAUCAUGUUGCUGGACAACGGGAAGGAGGUGUACAUGUGGGUCGGCACUCAGACCAGCCAGGUGGAGAUCAAGCUGAGUCUCAAAGCCUGCCAGGUUUACAUCCAGCACAUGCGCUCGAAGGAGGCGGAGCCGCCCAGGAAGCUGCGUCUGGUGCGGAAAGGAAACGAGCCGCACUGCUUCAGCCGCUGCUUCCACGCCUGGGGGGCGUUCAAAACCCAGCUCGCAUAGACACACCCAGAGCGCUCGCAUAGACACACCCCGAUUGCUCGCAUAGACACACCCCGAUUGCUCGCAUAGACACACCCCGAGCGCUCGCAUAGACACACCCCGAGCGCUCGCAUAGACACACCCAGAGCGCUCGCAUAGACACACCCACAACGCUCACACAUGCUUCAAAUCUAUCCGCUGCCAUAUCAUCUUCUUCCAGUGAAAUGAUGAUGAUGAUGUCUUUGCCUAAGCUGGCUUUAUAUGACCUCUUAUUGCCCCCCCCCCUUCUCCCCCCCCCCCUCUCCUCCUGCCAAAAACGGAUUUAAAGUUCAGCUUAAGCUUCAAAAAGUUCUUCUGGUCAAGAAGCCGUUUCUCGUCGUUGGGACAAACUGCAAAAUAUCACUUUUUUUUUUUCUACAAGCUUUUUUUGGCAGCGUCUGAAUCCUGGUGUUGAACGAGAGGUGAUGUUUGAGAGGAAGUAUGUGUACAGAGGUUUAUAAAACCCAAAGGGAGCUGAAUGCCCUGACAUAUCCAUCUGUUCUGCUGCUCUCUCUGGGCUGCGUGGUCUAACGUUACACCUCCAUGCUCCGUUUAGCUCAAUUGAAGCAGUUCAAGAUAGAUACACGUUUUACAGUUGUUGUUGUUGUUGUUUUUGCAUCAGAGUGGUGCAGAGAUGAUGUAUUUUUGUAGGCCGACCUGAGAGUUAGCAUCGAAAGGGCGAACUACAGACCUGCUGCAGUGAUCAUGUGACACGUUUGUGAUGCUUCCACGUUUGGUUCAGCAGGAUAUGUUCACGAUGUUUAAUGAUUUUGAAGGCGUAAAUGCAAUUGCCAGAAGUAAAAAAGCUCUUAGUAGGUCAUAGACGAACUACAUCACUGUCGCAUGGCUUCACAUCAACACCGCUAAGCUCAAAGCCGCUAACGUUCGGCAUGAUGACGUUUAGUAGUCUCAUUUAGGCACUUGUUAUCAGCUGCGUUAUCGCUUCAGACAUUCAGCAGUGGGGUAUUUAGUGAACAAAACGUGAACAUGUGUGUUUACCACGGACCUUGUUUCAGGCAUCUAACCAAAAACAUGUAAAUCGUCAAUUGCUAACUCAUUACCUGGUUUUAGGACUCAUUCCUGCACCACUCUUUUAAGGGACAAAACAGAAAACAGCACUAAGUUUUUCUGAGGAAUGUCUGUUUUUACAUAUCUAUUUCUGUUUGUCUGAUAUUUGGUAUGUUUGUAUGUUUGCCCCGCCUUCAUUGUAAUGGGGACGGCUGAUUGGUCACCUCUAACUUCUCUCAUGUAAAGAUUCUUCAUUCUUAAAAAGUUGAGUUUAUUUGGCCAAAGAGAUUUUAAACAAAGGGUCGUAUCCAAGUGAGACAGAGUCUUGCUUCAUGUUUAAUUUAAGGGACAGAUGUUUAAAAGUGCAAUCAGCAGAGCCGGGGAGAUAUUGAAACUAAAUAUAACUGUAUUCUUCUACGACACACGCUGCGCUCAACUUGUCAAAUGUUUAUUUUCUUGGUGUUCUGGAGCGAAGAGGACAAGAAAAGCUAGUUUCUUUCCAAAUGUAGUCUAAUAAUGUUUGAUUCUACAGGUUUAGAAGUUAGACAUUUCAGUCGGACAUCGAUGUUUAAACGUUGCUUUCUUUUUCAAAUAUCUUGUUUUGUAAACUUUAAGAUCUGCAGACUUUAAUGGGAGAUGUUCUGCAGCAUAUAAGAGACAUAUCUUAGUACAUAUAGUGACUUCUGGUUCCACUGGUCUCAAAUCAGUAGUUUAUGUUGAAGGGCUUACAGAUGAGUUAUGAUCAGUUUCUAGAUCAGUGUCUCCAGGGUCAAUAUUUAAAGGAACGACAGACCUGCUGCAGUGAUCAUGUGACCUGUGUCGAGUUCAGGCAUUGGUCCAAACCACAUAUAUCUACGUACCAUAUUCUCUAAAUGGCUGCAACUACCAUCGUUUUGUUUCUUUAUACUUUAUUUUGUGGGGUGAAUCGUAUGCCUGGUAGCGUGUUUGAGUCCUCUACAUAUAUGGAUGUGUGUAUAUGAAUGUGCACAUGCUUCUGAUGCCACUUGCAGAUGCUUUAUUUAUGUAUUUUAUAUUAAAAUAAAAUUUCACAUCAAG